AUGGGCUCAAGCUUCACACUGGAGGAGUGCGGUCGAGAUGCUUCUACGCAGGCGCCCGCUCUCACUGAUCAGCUCCCAGCUAUCCAGCGGGCCCGUGAGGUGGCUGGCGGGUUCGGCUUGCCGGUUCUUACAGAGGAAGGAGCCACAUCGCCUCUGUGCAUAAACUUCAACGUAUCACCACCAUCACCGGUGGUCGCAGCACGCUCCUCCGAAGCUCGAGACACGAUCCGCGAACGUGACACAGAAGCGGCAGCCAUGGCAAGAAGAAGCUCCAGCAUGGAGGCCUCCUCCCGUACGAUCGCCGCCGGUUCCUCUGUCAGCAGCGGGCGGGCUCUGUUGCAGGCAGCCACGGCCGACAGGCAUCGUCGGCCGGCACCCGACGAGCAGCCGACCGAGGAAGGCAUCCCCAUGGGCGAGGGACGCUUCCAGGUGAUGGUGACGAUAGCUUCGACGCUGGCCGGCACGGCCUUCCUGCUGCACCUGGUAAGCUUCCGCCUGACCACGCGCGUCAUGGACCACUGGUGCCGACCGCCGGCCGCGUUCGCCAACAUGAGCGUCGCCGAGUGGCGCCGCCUGGGCACCCCGCUCGAGGCCGACGGAAGCCGCAACCGCUGCUCGCAGUAUGACCCCCCGGAUGGCGGCUCUCGCGGCCACGUGGUGCCCUGCAAGGCGUGGGACUUCGACACCGAGCGCUACGGCAACAACAUCGUCAGCGAGUGGCGUCUGGUGUGCGACCGACGCUGGCUCAUCGAGAUGGCCGUGCUGGUGUACAUGGCCGCGUGCGCCAUGUCACUGCCCCUGGCCGGCGCGGCGGCGGACCGCGUCGGCCGCCGCGUCGUCAUGCACAUCUCGCUCGCAGCGCUCCUGGCUGCCGGCUUCGCCACCAGCCUGGCCAACUCGUACUUGCUGUUCGUGGGGCUGCGCAUUGUGGUGUCCACAACCAGCAACGCCUUCUGGCUCGUGCUCUACGUGGUACUCUACGAGGUGUCCACUCCGGCUCGCCGCGACCGCUACUGCUUUAUUGCCAUGGCCGGCGCGUCGGUGGCCAUGCCGGCGACGAUGUUGGUGCUGUUGCAGCUGCGGCUAAGCUGGGAAGCCCUGCACCUGGCCCUGAUGGCGCCCACAUCGGCAAUGGCGCUGGUCUACUGCAGCGUGGGCAACGAGUCGCCCGCCUGGCUCAUGCGCAACUGGAACGCGCGCGAGGCCGAGGCCGUGGCCAUGCACGCCGCCCGCAUCAACGGCAUCCCGCUCGAGGAAUGCCGGGCGUGGUUCGCGCGCGAGUCCCGGCGGCGAGACAGCGAGAUGCCGCUGCCAUUGUUCGACCACAGCCCGUUCGCCAUCUUCGCGCCUGAAGUUAGGGGCAGCCACGCGCUGAUCUCGUACAUUUGGGCAGCCACCAGCUUCGCCUUCAAUCAGGUGAACCUGAACGACAUCGUGCCGGUGCAGAGCGCGUUCGCGGCCGUAGGCGUCGCCUGCAUGCUGCCCAUGUACGGCGCGGCGUACGCCUGCUGCCUGCGCUUUGGCGUAAGGCGCUCGCAUGUGACGGCCGGGCUAGCGUUCAGCCUGCUCGCCCUCGCACUGGCCGCCGCGUACGGAUACCAGCUGCACGACGCGAGCGUGGCGCUCAUCGUGGCGCUGCGCUUGCUGGGCAACCUGGUCGUGGUGCUCGCCUUCGUGGUCACCGUCCGCCAGUACCCGGUGCUGUUCCGGUGGGCGCCUGAGCACCGUCGCGACAUCGUCGUGUACGUGAUGGCCAUCGUAAUGGCGCUGGCGGCCGUGGCCACCGAGUACCUGCCCUACCCCGGCCUCGUGUCCGCGUCGGGACCCGUGGAGUUCGCGCCCAGCGUCGUGGUGCUACCCAGCGUCCAGCUGCCCGUCUACCGGAGGCACCGGACUAUGAGCCUGGACAACGCGGACUACCGACGGCGCUCCAUGCAGGACUCGCUGGUGCCCCUGCCCAAGGGACCUUACAAGGAGAGGGCGGCUCGGACGCGGCGGUCCCUCAGCGAUGACCGGCUACCCGAGCAGUACUCCGUCAGGGUCUCCGCCAGCAGGACGUCGCUGGCGUCCUCUGCCAGCCGCCUUUGA